AUGAGAAUCGCACUUGUUGGUGCAGGAGAAGUAGGCCUUCGCCUUGCGACAGAAUUCUGCAAAUCAGAGGACGAGGUGAUCAUUAUCACUGGUACACUAAAACCGAGCCUCAAACAACUCAGAGCCGAGACUCGUCUCACGGACUACUCCAUCGAAGAUUUAGAGAAGCACCUUGACGACUGCGACGCUGUCGUCUCAACCCUCAGUGGACCCAGCGAGUUCUAUAUCUCCGCCCACUCAAACAUUCUAGAAGCAUGCAGCGCAUCGCGCAGCUGCAAACACUUCAUUCCUUCGGAAUGGAAUAUCAACAUCGAGGAUUUUCCCGAUCAACCAAUGUUCAGUUCCGCCACGCAUGAAGUUGUUCGCCAGAAGCUACGAUCCCAACAUGACGUUAAGUGGACAAUGAUCUGCCACGGCUGGUUCAUGGAAUACAUCUUGCCUCAGGAUAAGAAUCCACUUCGCGAGGUUGGAACCGCAUGGGCGAUGGACCAUUGCACGAAGGUCUUCGACGUAUAUGCGGAUGGCUUGCAAAAGGUUACUUUGACUUCGCUUGGAGAUGUAGCUUGGGCAGUUUUGGCUGUAUUGCGGAAUAGUAUCCAUACUGGGGCUGAUUUGCCGCCGGUUACCCACUUGGCUGGGCAGACUUUGACAUACCGAGACCUUUUCGAGCUGAUUAGAGCUCACGAUCCAGCGUGGAAAUUGAAUGUAGUGACCUUUUCGGAGGUACUUGAUGCGAUUUACAAGGGGCUCAAGGCGAAUGAUGGCGGUGUAGCCGUCCAUCAGAUGAGGAUCCUGGGAUUCACGAAUGCGAAUCACAUCCCCGAUGCAAAGGCGCUAGUUUGGGGAACUGGAGUUCUCCAGGGAUUACACGCUACAAGUGUCAAGGAGUUGUUGGAGAAGGCUAAGGCUGGACUAAACCAAUAA